ACAGAUCUCGUUAAUUGACAGAGACUGCGACGUGUUAAAUUCAUUGCGUUUGCCUACUUUGUCUUCUUUUUAAAGAAUCGAAUCACAAAAAGCGAGGAAGUUAACAUUUAGUUUACCGUACUUGGCAUUGGGCUUGGUUUAGUUUUGACAGAAAAGUGGUGUGUUGCAAUGGCAGGGAUGGGUUUGAAUGUACAGAAAAUUAAUGGAGGAACGAGGACUUGUGGCGUGGCCAGUGUAACAAAAAUAACACCCGCUUUCGGACAUGGAAGAAGAAAAGCGUUGACGAUCCGAGCUUCACAGAGCAAUAGUGAGCCCGAUUUGAGCGUCACUGUCAAUGGCCUACAGUUGCCGAAUCCCUUCGUCAUCGGCUCCGGGCCACCUGGUACAAAUUACACUGUCAUGAAACGGGCUUUCGAUGAAGGCUGGGGUGCCGUCAUUGCUAAAACAGUAUCUCUGGAUUCGAGUAAAGUCAUCAAUGUGACUCCACGAUAUGCUCGUCUACGAGCAGGUUCUAAUGGUUCAGCCAAAGGAGAAGUCAUUGGAUGGGAAAAUAUUGAACUUAUCAGUGACCGACCAUUGGAGAUUAUGUUGAAAGAGUUUAAACAGCUGAAGAAGGAAUAUCCUGAUAGGAUUCUCAUUGCUUCAAUUAUGGAGGAGUAUAAUAAAGCUGCUUGGCAGGAGCUCAUAGAACGAGUAGAAGAAACUGGAGUUGAUGCAAUAGAGAUUAAUUUUUCUUGUCCUCAUGGGAUGCCUGAACGCAAGAUGGGUGCAGCUGUUGGUCAAGACUGUGGCUUAUUGGAGGAGGUUUCUGGUUGGAUAAAUGAGAAAGCUACAGUCCCUGUUUGGGCAAAGAUGACUCCAAACAUCACAGAUAUUACUGAGCCAUCCAGGGUGGCAUUGAGGUCGGGGUGUGAAGGAAUUGCAGCCAUUAACACAAUAAUGAGUGUAAUGGGGAUCAAUCUUGAUACAUUAAGACCAGAACCUUGUGUUGAGGGUUAUUCAACUCCCGGUGGAUAUUCCUCAAAGGCUGUCCAUCCCAUUGCUCUUGCAAAAGUGAUGUCCAUUGCCCAAAUGAUGAAGAAUGAGUUCCCUGAUCCAACUCUGUCACUUUCUGGCAUAGGAGGAGUUGAAACUGGAAAUCAUGCAGCUGAGUUUAUACUGCUCGGAUCAAACACUGUUCAGGUUUGUACAGGAGUCAUGAUGCAUGGCUAUGGACUUGUGAAGAAACUCUGCUCUGAGCUAAAAGAUUUUAUGGCUAAGCAUAAUUUUUCAUCAGUUGAAGAUUUUCGGGGGGCAUCUCUUGGUUACUUCACUACUCAUACUGAAUUGGUACGGCGUCAACAAGAAGCUAUCAGGCAGAGGAAUGCCAUUCGAAAAGGAUUAGCAUCUGACAAGGACUGGACAGGCGAUGGCUUUGUUAAAGAGACAGAAACAAUGGUUUCUAACUGAAAACCAGGUGAAAAAGCUACUGUGGGCUUGCAUUUCUCCAUUUAUCAUAUGAGAUACUCAACGCAACACUUGUGUUGCUGAAUGGUGCAACACUUACAGUUACCGAAGGGCAUACGUUUCUGUUGUAUCUUUUGGACACAAGCUCAACAUUAGCUGUUGUAUCUUAUGGAUUUUAACUCAACACUGUCUAAAGCUUUAUCAUUAUAUUCAGUUUUUAGAAUUCGAUCUAAUAUCAUUUGGCAUUUUGUUUUUGUUGA